GCCUCAAACUUGCUAUGUAGCCAUGAUCUUAACUCAUGAUCUCCUGUUUUAUCUUCACAGCAAUCCUGGAUCAGAGGUGUGGAUUUACUUAACUAGGGCCACAGUGAGACAGUAUUCGAACCUCCAUCUUAGAAAAGCCUCACAGGUUCUGGCAGAUGAGGGGAAGGAAGAGAGGGAGGAGCCCUUUGUGACAGUUGUGCCAGGCAUAAACAGGAUGUGGUGUUAGAUGAAAGCUUCCCCUUCCACAGCCCGCCACUCCUCACCCCAGAAGACAAUUGAACUGAAAAGAGGCCCCAGGACAGAAAAACCAUGUCGGAUUCCCUGGUGGUGUGUGAAGUAGACCCGGAGCUAAAGGAGAAGCUGAGGAAAUUCCGCUUCCGCAAGGAGACCAACAAUGCAGCCAUCAUAAUGAAAGUGGACAAAGACCGGCAGAUGGUGGUGCUGGAGGAGGAAUUCCAGAACAUUUCCCCAGAGGAACUCAAGUUGGGGUUGCCGGAGAGACAGCCCAGGUUCGUGCUCUACAGCUACAAGUAUGAGCACGCUGACGGCAGGGUGUCCUACCCCCUCUGCUUCAUCUUCUCCAGCCCUGUGGGCUGCAAGCCUGAGCAGCAGAUGAUGUACGCGGGGAGCAAGAACUGGCUGGUGCAGACCGCGGAGCUCACCAAGGUGUUUGAAAUCCGCACCACGGACGACCUCACGGAGGCCUGGCUGAAGGAAAAGUUAGCGUUCUUUCGUUGACCUCUGACCCGGGGACUUGAAAUACUUACGUCUGAGGACUCAGAAUUCUAGGAUACGUACGUCCAAGAGUUAAAUAAAAGGUCUGGAGAAGGAGA